AUGGAAUAUGCACAAAAACUUUUUGGAAAAAAGAUUAGCCCGGAUGAAAUGGUAAAAAAAUGGCAGCGGGAUAUUAGAACACAACAACGCGUACUUGAACGCCAAAUAAAGGAAUUCGGUGAUGUAGAAAAAAAAACUACGAAUCUUUUAAAGCAAAACGCAAAAAAAAAUGAUGUGAAAGCUUGUAAAAUUUUUGCGAAAGAACUGGUAAGAACACGACGCCAGAUAGUAAGGUUGCAUACCAGUAAAGCACAAUUGAAUUCGAUCCAACUACAACUUCAACAUCAACUAGCUACCAUGAAAAUUACUGGAUCGUUAAAAAAAAGCGUUGAAGUUAUGAAAAUGGUUAAUGGGUUAGCAAAGCUACCAGAAAUAUCGAAGGGAAUGCAAGAAUUAUCAGUAGAAAUGACAAAAGCGGGUAUCAUUGAUGAAAUGAUAGAAGACACAUUUGAAUCAUUUGAAGAUAGUGACAUUGAAGAGGAGGCAGAGGAAGAAGUCAAUAAGGUCCUUUUUGAACUCACUAAUGGUUUAAUCGGUGAAGCUGGUGAAGUCGGUGCACCACUAGAUCUAAAUGUUGAAGAGGAAGAGGAAGAACCGGAACUUAACGAAAUGCAAGCCAGGCUACAAGCAUUAAAAUCGUGA